CUGCUCUCGCCGUGUGUCUCAUUUAAGUUGUGUCUUUCGUUCUGAACGGUUCGCUUUUUUUUGGCUUUGUUUUGGUAUAGUGAUUUGAGAUGAGUUCAAAUGUUCAAGCAGACUGGGAGAGUAACGAAGAAAUUCGCCUAUUUCGGGAGUAUCUGAAAAUUCCAUCGGUGCAUCCGAAUAUAAACUAUGACGGGUGCGUUGAAUUUCUGAAACGUCAAGCCGCGUCCUUGAACUUGCCGGUGCAGGUGAUUGAAGUGCAUCCUCGUAACCCGAUAGUCAUCAUGACCUGGCAAGGCACCGACCCUGGCGCGAAAUCAAUCAUUCUGAACUCGCACAUGGAUGUGGUUCCGGUUUAUCCGGAUCAAUGGACGCAUCCCCCUUUUUCGGCCCACCUCGACAAGGAGGGGCGAAUCUACGCCCGAGGCUCGCAGGACAUGAAAUGUGUCGGCAUCCAGUACCUUGCCGCUAUUCGGGCUAUGCAAAGCGAAGGCGUCAAACUGAAAAGAACGCUCCAUCUACUAUUUGUGCCGGACGAAGAGGUCGGGGGAGUGCUGGGAAUGCGCGAUUUUGUCCAUACCAAAGAAUUUCAAGCGCUGAACUGCGGCUUCUCCCUAGACGAAGGAUAUGCCAGUGAGGACGAAACGUUUGUCCUGUUCAACGGAGAACGCACUUUGAAAUUUACAAGGUUUUAUAUUUCCGGUUCCCCCGGGCAUGGUUCGCUAAUCCUGCAGAAUACUGCCGGCGAGAAGGCUCGGAAAUUGAUUGACAGGAUGAUGGACUUCCGUAGAGCGGAAGAGGAAAAACUGUUGAACAACCCCAAUCUUACCGUGGGUGACGUCACAACAGUCAAUCUUACAAUGAUGUCUGGCGGAGUUCAAAGCAACGUAAUUCCAGCGGAGCUGAUGGUUUGCUUCGACGUUAGGCUGUCGGUUACGGUCGACAUUGAGACGUUCACCAGGCAGCUGGAGACCUGGUGUGAGGAAUCCGGUGGUGGCAUCCGGAUUGAUCUACACGAUGCUCCCCACAUUACUCCCACCAAACUGGACGAAACAAAUCCCUUCUGGGUUGCCAUGAAGGGUACCCUGGAUGCGAUGGGACUGGCCGUGAAAUCGUACAUUUUUCCUGGUGCAACCGAUAGCCGUUUUAUACGGCACUUGGGUAUUCCGGCGAUUGGUUUUUCACCAAUCAAUAAUACGCCCAAGUUGCUGCAUGACCACGACGAAUUCCUACAUGCGGACAUCUUUCUGAAGGGAAUACAAAUCUACAAGAAAUUGAUUCAAGCGGUCGCAAAUGUUUGAUUUUUUUUUUCAUUAAAAUUUAGUUGUAUAAAAUAAAGCAUUUGUUUCAAAUAAAUUGUUAAACUUCAAA